UGCGGAGACGCAUAAACAGCUUUCUCUCUCUUUUUCACCUGAUCCUGCCCAUAUUCUCUGACCGUCCAACCUACCAUAGAACAUAUACCAACCAUUUCCACCAUGUCUGACGAGGAAAAGAAACCAGUCGACGCGCCCGACACAACCGACACAACCGACACAACCGACACGCCAGAGGCCAAGGAAGCUGUCGACAAGAUCGCAGAGGCAGCGCCCCCCGCCCGCCCAAGCAGCAUCAGCAAGACGGGCUUACUUGCGGGCGUCAAAAAGGCCGACGAGACUAUCCUGAGGUUGAACAAACUGCUAGCUUCCCCAGGCGGCCUCUCCGCAUUCCUCUCCACAUUCAACUACACCCUCUACAUCCUCGCCUACGCUCAGACAAAAUCCCCCGCCGUCUCCGCCUUUGCCACAAAGUUGCUGUCCCUCAUCCGCCCAGCAUGCGAUGACACAAAGAUACCCGCCACCACCCUCGUCGACAAUGGCACCGUCCCGCCCAUUGCUGCCCUCGCCGUCCUCAUCUCGAAGACGCGCACAACCCUCCGUCUGACGGGCACCCUGCCUCUCUACGCAUGGCUGCGUUCCCUCGCCUCGGGCCCCAAGCCAGGCACAGACGUCGUCUUGCAUAGAAUCGCCACCCUCCAGGCCAUGAGCUACUUUGCUUACCAACUGCUCGAAAACAUUUCCCUUCUCGCCGACUCGGGCGUCGUCUCCCCCCGCGUCAUCUCAGCACUCAACCGCGGCAACCCCAAGACUGCCCGUCUGUACCUCUACGCCUACCGCUGCUGGCUCGGCGGUGUCUCGUGCGACUUCCUCCGUCUGAUGCGCGAGUGGCAGAUUGAAGGCCGCAGGAGGCUCACCCGCCAGCAAAUGGUUGCUGAGGGCAAGGCAAUCGCAGAGUACCAGGACGAGGAGGACAAGAGAUUUGACAAGAGGUGGUGGACCGACUUCGUCAUUGCCAGCGCUUGGUUCCCCAUGGCACUGCACUUUAGCAGUGCCAGCGGUGGUAUACCCGGCUGGAACCUGGGCAUCAUGGGCGCUUGUGGUUUGAUUGCUGGGAGCACGAGGAUGAAGGCGCUAUGGGCAAGUACCGCAUAGACUUGCUCAUCAGCAUGGCUGAUUGUCUGGGAAUUGUUGGUGCAAGUCAUUCCAUUUUAUAGUUGCUUAGAAUUUGAUUCGGCUGGAUUAUAGAGUUCACUUAUUCGAAUUUUUUUGCUAUCUUUCAGCGUCCUUCCUAUAAAAAUACGCAGUUUCUCAAUCAUGUGCAUUCUCCAUCAUAUUUUGGGGCGUGCGUAAAAGAUUGUACUCCUCACUUUUGUGUCUAAAAUACACGGUUGCACUCUACUAGUUUUAAAAUACAUUUUCAGAAU